UGCAGACAGGAGGGGUGGAGUUCACAGCUCUUACUUUUCAAACGCUGCUCUGGCAAAAGAGCUCAUUCUUUGCCUGGUAAACAGCGGAGUGGGCUCUGAUGCGUCCUGGCAUGUGAUCCCACUUUAGUUAAAUCAAUCGCCCUCACUGCUGCAGCCUCCCAAUAAACUUUCCAUGCUGUUGCCCGUCCAAUGGACAGCACUUAGGAGGUUUGUCUGGACCGUAUCCGCUACUGCUCGCUCAUCCGCUGCGCUCCGGCUCUCCGCCGUCGGCUCUCCAGGUUCAGAGGGACUCAAGCGGCUCGGGGAGCUGGCCCGGGUCUCCUGCACACAUGGAGGGAGACGUUAUGGACAAAGUGGAGGCCACGGCGACGGUCUGUGACUUUGACCCCAUCAGUGGGAGCAUCCCGGCCACCAAAGUGGAGAUCACCGUGUCCUGCAGGGAUCUCCUGGACCGAGACACUUUCUCCAAAUCUGACCCAUUGGUGGUGUUGUACACGCAGGGCGUCGAGUCCAAACAGUGGAGAGAGUUUGGGAGAACAGAGGUGAUAGACAACACGCUAAACCCAGACUUUGUCAGGAAGUACAUCCUGGACUACUUCUUUGAGGAGAAGCAGACCCUGCGCUUUGACGUGUAUGACAUUGAUUCUAAAAGUCCAGAUCUGUCAAAGCAUGACUUCCUGGGACAGAUCUACUGUACACUGGGAGAGAUUGUGGGCUCACCUGCCAGUCGCCUGGAGAAACCUCUCGGUUGUCUCUACAACACUCCAUAGUAGCAACUGAGCAGGGAGUUCAGCAAAAUGUACACACAUGCAAGCUCACGGUCCAUCAGUGGAUAGAAGAAAAAAAAAGAAGAUUUUAAUUGUAGUUAAUUGUGCUAAAAAUCCUCACUUUGUCAUCAGUACUGUGAUGAAAAAGUGGAACAAUAUUAUCACUGAAACUCUGACGUUUGCACCUCCAUCAUCAGAACAGAAAUCCAAAGCUUGACCAGCCUGCCAUGGCUAGUUAAUAUUGAUAAGCUAUGAUUGGACAGUCUCUGCUGGGGGGAGGGGUUUAGCAAGCGAUCACAUAGGACCUUAUAAUACUGAGAUAAAAUACAGUUUCUAACAUUCAUCUUUUUAGACUGGCUGACUGACUCCGGGCUACGCAGCGGCAGUUCCUCUGAGAUAGAAAAAAAAUGCUGCAGGUUUAAGUAAUGACUGAGAGAAGUUCAUGUUUUGGUGAAACUAAAAAUCCUUAAUCUAAGUAGCCUACUCUUGAAACGCCUGUUUAGCCCUGUGUUUUCCUGUAUUACUUAUCUGGGAGGUAAAGGGUUUUACUGCCUACUGAUGUAGAAGAAAAUUAAUUUACUUUUGUCACUAUUAGUGAGACCUUAUGUUUAGAGCCAACCCAAGCUGGCUCCAGAGGUGUUCACACCUCAUUUAACAAAGGAACAUUUUUCAAUAGUUUGAGCACACGAUAAGUCUAUACAGUUCUACUCAGAUAGUUUUGUGAGUGAAUGUUUUCUCAGCUUUUGUUAUUCUGUUGCUUCCUGUAACCUUGUAUAAAACCUUGACCAGAAAACUUAUUCUGGUCCUACCGCUUCUUGUGAGCU